AUGUGGCUCUACCUGGUGGCUCUAGUGGGCCUGUGGACCCUCCUGCGCUGGUACCGUGAGAGGCAGGUGGUGAGCCAUCUCCAAGACAAGUAUGUCUUCAUCACGGGCUGUGACUCGGGCUUUGGGAACCUGCUGGCCAGACAGCUGGACAGGAGAGGCAUGAGGGUGCUGGCUGCAUGUCUGACGGAGAAGGGGGCCGAGGAGCUGAAGAGCAAGACAUCAGACAGGCUGGAGACAGUGAUCCUUGAUGUCACCAAGACAGAGAGUAUUGUGGCAGCCACUCAGUGGACGAAGGAACGAGUUGGGAACAGAGGACUCUGGGGUUUGGUUAACAAUGCAGCUGUUCCCCCAGCACUUUCCUACCUCGAGUGGUUGCAACCUGAGGACUCCAUGGCUGUCUUUCAAGUGAAUUUCAUUGGUUUGGCCCAGGUGACUCUGAGCAUGCUUCCCUUGGUGAAGAAGGCUCGGGGCAGGAUUGUCAAUAUCUCCAGUGUUUUGGGGAGACUCGCUUUUUCUGGAGGAUUCUACAGUUGUUCCAAGUAUGGAGUUGAAGCAUUUUCAGAUAUACUAAGGCGUGAGAUUCAAGGUUUUGGGGUGAAAGUCAGCAUUAUUGAACCUGGGAACUUUAAAACCAGGAUGACAGACAUAGAGCUAAACAUUGAAAGAAUCAAGAAAAACUGGGAAGCAGCACCUGAGCACGUCAAGGAAUCCUACGGACAGCAGUUCUUCGACCAUUUUUGCAGAGUCACCAAAGAAAACUUGAUGAAGCGCUCUACCGACCUGAGCCUCGUCACCAACUGCAUGGAGCACGCGCUGACCUCUGCAUAUCCACGCACCCGAUACCCUGCUGGCUGGGAUGCCUGGCUUCUCAUUAUCCCUCUAUCUUAUUUGCCUACGUCACUGGUGGACUACAUACUGACCAGAUCUCGGCCCAAGCCAGCUCAGGCAGUCUGAAGACUCUUGGGAUGAAGGGAUCAUUUGUGUCUCGGUGAUUGUUCCUUUGAACCCAAGCUAUCUGCGCCGAUAAGCUUUCUUGCAUCAACCAUCUAUCUGGUCUCUCUUUUCCUUUCCUCUCCACCCCCACAGACACUGGGUCUCACUCUUUAACCCUGGCUGGCCUCGAACUCAGAGAUCUGCCUGCCUCACUCUUAGCCAAGAUGUUCACACUAUAGGUAUAUCAAAUUUACUACUAUUUUAAUCAUUUUCACCCCGAGAAUAUUAACAUAUGUGUCGU